GCUUAUCCUACUUUAUCUGAGGAAUCAUGUAUAUUUACAACUGCAUUUUCACAGGUAAAGAGGUAUUUUCUGAUGCUUAUCCUCAUAAGCUUGAAGAUGAAGGCUUUGUUUGGGUUGUUGAUGGAAAAUACGAGGAGCUUGCAGAUCAAAAAUUUGAUGAUUCUUUAUUUGGCGGAAAUAAAUCUGCUGAAGGAGAAGAUGAUGAAGGAGAAGCUACUACAGAAUAUAAGCCGGUUGUAAACACACUGCUCAGAGCUUUUCGAUUGGAGGAGCCAGUUACAAUAACUUCUUUAAAUGAUUUCAAGAAAGCUUUAAAGAAAUACACUGUUAAUUUGAUGGCUAAACUCAAUGAGUCAAAUCAAUCACGUGUUGCUGUUUUAAAAUCAAAACUUCCUAAAUAUGCCAAGCAGUGGGCUGAAGAUUUUGAUAAAAUUAGAGUAUAUGUUACUGAGGGUGAUGGUUUUGAAGUUGAAGGAACUCUAGUGGUCAUAACUCAAGAUGUUCCAUUUGGAGAAGAAAAACCAAAUGACAAAUGCAAAAUGACAGUUCUGGCUGAUUCCUUGAUCAAGGAAAAAUUUUAGAGAAAUUCAACUGGAUCUGUCAAAAUGGAGUGGUGAAUUUAUCUUCUAAAAUGCAAAUUUGUUGAUGUGUUAUUUUUUGUAAAAAUGUAAACUUAAUAAAUGGAUUUGUG